AUGUCCUCACCUAGCAUCUAUCUCGCCGUCAUUGGCGUCGGUGGCGUCGGAACCUGUUUUCUGUCUCAGGUCUCGUCGCUACCUUCCCGUUUGCGUCCUUCCUUGAUCUUCCUGUCCCGUUCCUCGAAACAACUCUACAAUACGUCCUACUCCCCUGUUUCUCCGUCCGAUCUGCAGUCCUCUAGCUCAAAGCUCCUCUCUAUCCCUGAUGAACUCGUCAACUAUCUCUCGUCUGCGCCGGGAAAGGUUAUCCUCGUCGACAAUACGUCGUCUCAAGACGUCGCAAAUGCAUACCCAUCCUUUCUACAGAAGGGAAUAAGUGUUGUGACGCCGAACAAGAAGGCCUUUUCCGGCACCUUACAGCUCUGGAAUGAUAUCUUCUCCGCAGUCGAUCAGGCAAAUGGGCGGGCCAUGGUCUACCAUGAGUCCAGCGUGGGUGCCGGACUUCCCGUGAUAUCUACAUUGAAAGAUCUGGUCGCGACGGGUGACAAGGUCACACGCAUUGAGGGCGUGUUCUCGGGCACCAUGUCAUUCCUGUUCAAUUCCUUUGGUCCCGUCGAUGGAUCCGGGAAUGGGAAAUGGUCAGAGAUCGUAAAACAGGCGAAAGAGGCGGGAUACACGGAACCGGAUCCCCGGGACGACCUGAACGGGAUGGACGUCGCGAGGAAACUCACCAUCCUCGCGCGUCUGGCCGGCUUGAAAGUGCAGGGACCUGAUUCUUUCCCGGUCCAGAGUCUGAUUCCGAAAGAACUCGAGUCGGCCAAAUCGAGCGACGACUUCAUGGCUCGUCUGCCCGAAUUUGACGACCAGAUGGAGACGUACAAGUCCCAGGCCGCCGCUCAGAACAAGGUUGUGCGGUAUGUCGGCUCGGUGGACGUGGCUAAGGGCGAGGUCAAGGUGGGAUUGGAAAUGGUGGAGAAGGGGUCGCCCAUUGCCGGCUUGAAGGGCAGUGACAACUUGAUCUGCUUCUAUACCCAGCGGUACGGUGCGAACCCUUUGGUCAUUCAGGGAGCGGGCGCAGGUGGUGAGGUCACCGCCAUGGGCGUCACGGCGGACCUGAUCAAGGUGGUUGAGCGGUUGGGAUAG